UCUGUCUAUGAUCUACAGUUCGUUUAGCUUCGAGGUCUUCAGUUCUCACAGUCGCAGCUAUGGAGGAGGCAAAAAACAAAGAGAAUAAACAGUCCGAAAAGACAGAAGACAAGGAUAAAGAGAAGGAAAAGGGUCAACAAACGUCAGGGAAGGAUAAAGAUAAGAAAGAGGAACAGGAGUUGUCAGAAGAAGACAACAGUUGCAAGAGGAUUUGGAGAUGAUGGUGGAGAGACUGAGUGAGAAGAACACAGAACUGUAUCGCCCUGCACUGGAAGAGCUGCGCAGACAAAUCCGUUCGUCAACCACCUCCAUGACCUCGGUACCCAAACCCCUGAAAUUCCUACGCCCACACUACGGCAAGCUGAAAGAGAUCUACGAGGGCAUAGCCCCUGGUGAGAACAAGCAUUUCUGUGCUGAUGUGGUGUCAGUCCUGGCAAUGACCAUGAGUGGUGAGAGGGAGUGUCUGAAGUACCGUCUGCUGGGCUCCCAGGAAGAGCUGGCAUCCUGGGGUCAUGAAUAUGUAAGGCACUUGGCUGGUGAGGUGGCUAAAGAGUGGCAGGAGGUGGAAGAGAAUGACAAAACUCAGCAAGAGAUACUGAUGAAAUUGGUAAAGGAAAUUGUACCUUACAACAUGGCACACAAUGCCGAGCAUGAAGCGUGCGACCUACUGAUGGAGAUCGAGAGACUGGACAUGCUGGAGGAUUACAUUGACGAAAACGCCUAUGGCAAGGUUUGCGUCUAUCUCACUAGCUGUGUGAGUUACGUUCCUGAGCCAGAAAACUCUGCGCUGUUGAGAUGUUCUCUGAACAUCUUCAGGAGGUUUAAUCGUUAUCCAGAGGCCUUGCGACUGGCUCUUAUGCUCAACGAUGUGGAACUAGUAGAAAACAUCUUCACAUCUUGCAAGGACAUACUUAUCCAGAAGCAACUGGCCUUCAUGCUGGGUCGUCACGGGAUGUUUUUGGAGCUCAAUGAAGAUGUAGAAGACUACGAGGACCUGACAGAAAUUAUGUCUAAUGUGCAGCUUAACAGCAACUUUCUGGCCCUUGCAAGAGAGUUGGACAUAAUGGAACCCAAAGUCCCAGAUGACAUCUACAAAACACACCUAGAAAACAACAGAUUUGGAGGAAGUGGCUCACAGGUGGACUCUGCACGUAUGAACUUGGCCUCUUCCUUUGUAAAUGGUUUUGUCAAUGCAGCAUUUGGGCAGGACAAGCUGCUCACAGAUGAUGGCAACAAGUGGCUGUACAAAAACAAAGACCAUGGCAUGCUGAGUGCAGCAGCAUCUCUGGGUAUGAUCCUGCUGUGGGAUGUAGAUGGUGGUCUGACCCAGAUUGAUAAAUACCUCUAUUCCUCUGAGGACUACAUUAAGUCUGGUGCCCUCCUUGCCUGUGGCAUUGUGAACUCUGGUGUAAGGAAUGAGUGUGACCCAGCUCUGGCCCUGCUCUCCGACUACGUCCUUCACAACAGCAAUGUAAUGAGGAUAGGAGCCAUCUUUGGUCUGGGCCUAGCUUACGCUGGUUCCAACAGAGAAGAUGUUCUUUCUCUGCUUCUCCCUGUCAUGGGAGACUCCAAAUCCAGCAUGGAGGUGGUUGGAGUGACUGCACUGGCAUGCGGCAUCAUCGCAGUAGGAUCUUGUAAUGGUGACGUGACCUCCACCAUUGUUCAGACCAUCAUGGAGAAGAAUGAACAGGAGCUAAAGGACACGUAUGCUCGCUGGCUGCCUCUAGGCCUGGGUCUCAAUCACCUGGGUAAAGGAGAGGCCAUUGAGACAACACUGGCAGCUCUCCAGGUUGUACCCGAACCUUUCCGCAGCUUUGCCAAUACACUAGUGGAUAUCUGUGCAUAUGCAGGUUCUGGUAAUGUGCUCAAGGUGCAACAACUCCUACACAUCUGUAGUGAGCACUAUGAAGCCAAAGAGAAGGAAAAAGAGGAUGACAAGGACAAGAAAGAUAAGAAGGACAAAGACAAAAAAGAGAGUGCCGCUGACAUGGGCUCCCAUCAGGGUGUAGCUGUUCUUGGGAUUGCCCUUAUUGCCAUGGGGGAGGAAAUUGGUUCUGAGAUGGCGCUGAGAACAUUUGGACAUCUGCUUCGUUACGGUGAGCCCACCCUGAGGCGAGCUGUACCUCUGGCGUUGGCUCUCAUUUCAGUGUCAAAUCCUCGUCUGAACAUUUUGGACACAUUGAGCAAGUUUUCCCAUGAUGCUGAUGCUGAGGUCUCCCACAAUUCUAUCUUUGCCAUGGGCAUGGUUGGCAGCGGCACAAAUAAUGCACGUUUAGCUGCCAUGCUGCGGCAGCUUGCACAGUAUCAUGCAAAAGACCCCAACAACCUCUUCAUGGUUCGACUGGCACAGGGUCUGACUCAUUUAGGUAAAGGCACACUCACCCUCUGUCCAUACCACAGUGACAGACAGCUGAUGAGUCAGGUGGCUGUAGCAGGAUUGCUCACUGUACUUGUGUCCUUCCUUGAUGUCAAGAACAUAAUUCUGGGGAAGUCUCACUACAUCCUCUAUGGUCUGGUAGCAGCCAUGCAGCCACGCAUGUUGGUCACCUUUGAUGAGGAGCUUCGACCGCUGCCUGUCUCUGUCAGAGUUGGACAGGCGGUGGAUGUCGUGGGCCAGGCAGGCAAGCCGAAGGCCAUCACUGGUUUCCAGACCCACACCACGCCGGUGUUGCUGGCUCAUGGAGAGCGAGCAGAGCUGGCCACAGAGGAGUACAUCCCUGUCACCCCGAUUCUAGAGGGAUUCGUUAUCCUCCGCAAGAAUCCCAAUUAUGAAACAUAGAUGGCCCCUGCUCUGUUGUUGGAGUUGCCCUGCGUCUCCAUGCAGUUAUUAUAAUUUACAUGUUAACUGCAUAGUGAGAAAGAUCGAAUCAGGUGGUUGAGGUCUGAUUAACUGGACUGGUAUGACACAGGGAGAAAGAACUGGGACCUCAUUAACAUUAUGUCAUUGGUUUCGUUGUUUCCGACAUUGAUCAACAUGCCUCAUGUACCAAACCAGCUGUUUGAGCGGCCCAGGGCCUGUUAAGAAGAUGGACAUGCUCACCAUCCCAUGUCGGUUUCAGCCUCGCUCCCAUUCAGUACUUGAGAUAUUCUCUCCCCAUUUAAGUCAUCUUCAGUUGUCUUUUUGUUGUUAUGGCAUUUAAAUGUCUUCUUGAUCACAUUUUUGCUUCAGAAUUAUUGCUUUUUGUUACAGUACUGUAAAAGGUUUAAACAAAAAUAAACAUUUGGAUCACACGG